AUGCCACCGAAAGGUUCCAAGAGUUCGAAACGCAAGUCCUCGAAAUCUCCGGCCAAUCCAUCGCCGUCACAGCGACCUCGUGUGCAGACACGCAGUUCGACCAUGGUCUUAGAACCAACCAUUGCUUCUCCGUCCGCUGGUGCAACAACGAGCUCAACCGUACGCGAACCCGUCAGCGUCGCCAGUACAUCGACAGCGCCUGAUGCUAGUACCAUCUCCCCACAGCUUCGUCAGCAGAUCGUGUUAACAGUUACUGCUGAAGUUACUCAGCGACUUACACCGCACCAUCAAGCGGAGUUUUCGGACGCUGUUGUUGAGGCUCCAGUUGUCGCGAUGGGAGCAACCACCUCGACUGAACAACCCGCCAUUGUUCCUGGUAUUGUGGAAGAACAAUCCGCCGUUGCAGGUAAGCCUUCCUCUUAUUCUGCGAUGCCAAGUCAACCCUAUGAAUCGAUCCAUUUGCCUCUUGACUCCAGGAUCACAACAAAAUUAAAAAACAAUGUUAAGACCUCGGGCACAGUUUUUCUCAUCCGGACCUCGCAGCCGGUAAAUAACAUAUAUGUAUUACUUAGUUAGCUUAGACUACAACAACUGUGAUAUUACUUUCCUAACUAUGUUUAUCCAAAUCCACGCUGCCAACUUUCCCUGUGGAAGAAACCGAAGCGCCUGGAGAAAUCCCACGACUUUCGGCAAUGACUUUCUUGUUGACGGACUUAAUUUUAUCGCAUGGGCGCGUAGCGAAAAUUGAACCCACGUUCUCAGAGGUGAAGGGUGCUUGCUCCGACAACUGCGCUACCGAAGCCCCAUAUCCCUCGUUUUCUUAUAUUUUAUCAUACAACAGGUUUUAGAGCUAUUAAUAAGUCUAUUAUUAUCAGGUUAGGUGUUAGCAUGACCAGGGGCAUCCUAAGAAAAAUUUAGAACUGCCCAUUUCGACAAGAGCAGAGGUAGUGAACACAGGCUAACUGUGUGGCAGUAACGAGAGACGAGGUCAUGGAAUACUGGAUUCCUGAGUAGCUAGGAGGGUCCUGGGGCAUGUUCCAUCGGAAAGUUUUGGAUUUUACAAGUCCAGAUUGGCCAUUUCAUGCAUUUUCAGAGUGAUAUUUUAUUUUGUUUUUGCCUUAAAUAUCUGUAUGGGCGCUUAGUUUAUAACUAAUUUUCAUAUAAAGCUUGAAAACUCGAUUUUAGAACUGCCCAUUUCAAGUUUAAGAACUACCCAUUUUACAUUUAGAACUACCCAUUUUGGAAAAUGGUAGGCCUUAGGAUGACCCCUGAGCAGGACUGCAUUUUAGUUUUCGAACUGUUAAAAGAUAACCGAAUUUUUUUCCGUGUUAUUCCGGCAUAUUCUGUGAUAUUCCGGCAUUCCGGGUUUUCAGAACGCCCCGCACAUUAACCAAUAAAAUUGGAUAUUAUAAUUAUAUCCCACUUUGUUAUAUGUCUUAUAGAACAGGCUCCAGAACUAUGAUGCAUGCAGUUAUUAUCAGGCUGGGGGUUGCAUGAGUGUAUUGUUAGUUAAUUUAAUAAUUCCAAAAUGUUUUCGAGGAGUUGCUGCACUUCUUUUGCAAUUUAACAUGACACAAAUUUUUAUUGCAGGCGAAGGGAAGUCCAAGCGAGGUUUAGCUGCAGCGAUCCCAAUAAUAGAGCUAGGUCUUAAUGUCUUGACGAAAGUACUAGACACUCUUGGUAAUAUUAAGAGAAAGAUUGCAAUUGGUAUUGGUAAUGAUACGCCAUUCGCGUGGAAAGCUGAUGGAGUAUAUUUCAGUUCUGGUACAUCUGAUGACAUUCUUCCAGCUUGUUUGAGUUCAAAAGAAGCCGCCGUCUUCCCAGCGAGGAAAACCUCCGGUCCUGUUGCAACUGGGGCAGUAGGUGUACUUUGCUAUUACAUCCCUGAUAAAAAAAAGUCCUUGUGUGUUUUGUUCAGUGUACCAUUUGAUUACAAUUUGUACUCCAAUUGGUGGGACGUGAAGGUGUUCUCUGUUAAAAAAUCGCCCAACCAUCAGUUGUAUGUAGACAUGUAUUAUGGUAACCCAUACAAAGGUGACAACAG